CGCGCUGAGGCCGUCACGGGACCCGGGCGCUGGUCGCUGAAGCUUCACCUGCUGCUGGUCUGGUUUUCAUCAUCGCCCUGGGGAUGGCGUGGGAUUGAUAUUUUGGGAGGACUCUUGGUUCUGUGUGUGUUUACAGUUAGACGUAGUCACUUGAGGGUACGGGAGGGCGGCCCGGUCCUAGUGCCCUCAGGUGUUCGGGGGUCCGGGCUGUGGGGAGGGCGAGAGCUGAGUCCCGAUAGAGAGCGACUGGGAUCCACGAAGCCGCCUGCGGGGCGCUGAUGGCCGGACGCUUCCUGGGAAAGGCUCUAGCCACGGUGUCUCUCUCUGUGGCCUUGGCCUCUGUGGUUGUCAGGUCCGCGGGCUGCCGCCGCAUCCCAGCGUACAGAAGCUCAUUUUCAUCCUGUUGGAUUCAUCUUGAUUGCAACAUCAUGUCUGGUUCUAAUGGUAUCAAAGGAAAUUCCCAUAACAAGGCCCGAACAUCUCCUUACCCAGGUUCAAAAGUUGAACGAAGCCAGGUUCCCAAUGAGAAAGUGGGCUGGCUAGUUGAGUGGCAGGACUAUAACCCUGUAGAGUACACUGCACUCUCUGUCCUGGCUGGACCCCGGUGGGCAGAUCCUCAGAUCAGGUGAGCAGAUAAACUGACU